GUUAAAUCUUGUUUAUUACUCCCCCCUAAGCAGGAACCUGUCUUUCUGCAAUUGCCUACUUUCUCUUCAGUGGUUUCCAAGCCAAGAAUCUCUCCCACCCUGUGUGCCACUUCCUCACAGAUUCCUUUUGAACGAUGUCUAAUUACUCCGUGUUUUUCAUCUCCUGCUCCUUUUCUCUCCAACCCCUUGUUUUUUCUCACCAUCAUUUUCAAUUUUCCACCAUCCUUUUUGCUUUCUCUGUGUCUCACAUAACUAGAUACAAAAUCUAUAUAUAAGUAGCUUCCCAUCGUCAUGGCUCCUCCUCCUUCAGAUAUCAAUCAUCUCUCUCACUCUUGCAUAUAUGAAGUAUGUUAUAACCGAGUUGAUACACGAAAAAUCGAUUUGAAAUGUGACUUGGAGCUUCCAAACUAACCAUUUUUUUUGUGGGAAGCAAGGGAUUUUGAAUCUUCAUACACAGAGAGAAAGUCUGGUUUUGUGAAAUUGUUUGGCAAGAUUUUCAAAAUUUGGUCCAGUAGAGGAAAGGGUCGUGGUCAUCAUCUUCAGCAGCCUGCGGAGGAAAACAUGGUUUGGCGAGUUCCAAUUAGAUCUUCGGGUAACCGUGCUAGAUCUCAGAAGGAGGAAGAGGAUCUGGACCGUGCAAUAGCACUUUCUUUAGGUGAAGGUUUAAAGAAACCAUCUGGAUAUAGAUGGCGGACAAGUACUGAUGAAGAUCACACAAAGGCACUUCAGGAUCGAAUGCACUCAUCUGCAUACCCUCCGUAUGCCCCUUUACCUUUUUAUCCUCGUGGAUACAGCAUGCCAUCACAUAUCAGAAUAUGUGGAGGGUGCAACAAGGAAAUACUCCAUGGAAACUGUUUGGGAGUUGAGAAUCGUUAUUUUCAUUCAGAUUGCUUCAAGUGUCACUCUUGUCAUCACCCCAUUAAAGAGCGUGAGUUCUCUUUGUCAGGGAAGCAUCCAUAUCACAAGUCCUGUUUUAUAAAUUUGACACACCCUAAAUGUGAAGUUUGCCAUCAACAUAUACCUAUAAAUGCUGCUGGUUUGAUUGAGUAUAGGUGCCACCCCUAUUGGAACCAAAAGUAUUGUCCGUCUCAUGAAUAUGAUAAUACAUCUCGAUGCUCUAGUUGUGAAAGAUUAGAGUCUCGGGGUGAAAGAUACAUUAGAUUGGAAGAUGGACGAGUUUUGUGCCUCGAGUGCAUAGAAUCUGCUAUAACGGAUACUGGAGAAUGUCAACCUCUUUAUCAUGCUAUCAGAGACUAUUAUGAAGGAUUGAACAUGAAAAUUGAUCAACAAGUACCCAUGUUACUCGUUGGAAGAGAAGCACUCAAUGAUGCUAUUGUUGGGGAGAAAAAUGGUUUCCAUCACUUGCCAGAAACAAGGGGCUUAUGCCUUUCAGAAGAACAGACUGUGACCAGUGUGUAUAGAUGGCCAAAAUUUGGAGGCCAUCGAUUAGUAGGAAUGAGAACUCAACCUCAGAAACUGACUAGGAAAUGUGAAGUUACAGCUAUUCUUGUCCUCUAUGGUCUUCCAAGGUUACUCACAGGUGCCAUCCUUGCCCACGAGUUGAUGCAUGCUUGGUUGCGCCUUAAAGCAGGUUACCGCAACCUUACCCCUGAAGUAGAGGAAGGUAUUUGCCAGGUUCUUUCUUACUUGUGGCUUGAUGCAGAAGUGAUGCCAGGCUCAAGAACUAUGCCAUCAACAUCAAUAGCAUCUUCAUCAUCCUCCUCCUCCUCCUCAUACUCAUCAAAGAAAGGUGUGAGAUCUAAAGUUGAAAAUAAAUUGGGAGAAUUUUUCAUGCACCAGAUUGCCAAUGAUUCUUCCCCAGCUUAUGGUGGAGGCUUUAGAGCAGCUAAUGCAGCUGUUAAUAAAUAUGGUUUACGUGCUACUCUGGAUCAUAUUCGUUUAACUGGCCAGUUCCCACUGUAAUAAGGGAAACCUUCUCUGAGGAGUAAAUGUGUUCCUAUAAGGAUGUUCCAGUCCAAAUUCACUAAAAUUAUGCAUGCCUUGUUUUAGUUUUC